UGGUAAAAGUUAUUUUAUUAACUUAAUUACAGCAGGGUCCUUUGCUCUUGGUAAUUUAUCUUUCCUUUUAUUCAACUUAUAAUUCUUUUAAGUUGAGUAUCACCUCAACUCCAGCCCGUAUAUCUGCAUCUAGCUCAUUAGAAUCAUUCUCGAAAGAAUAGUGGUAAACCAUGCAUUUAAAAUAUGGAUCUCCCAUUCAUCUUUGCAAUUUCUUCUUGCUGUAACUGUUGAACAAAUCUCUGAAAAUAUUACUCUCUGUUUUCUUUGAGUCUUUCAUGAAAAACACAGCAUGAAGUGUAUCCAGGAACUGUUUGUUUGGAUCCAUUCCAAACUCUCUCUCAAUAUAUAUGUGGAGACACUCUAACUUCUUCUGCAUAGAUGACUUGUGCUUUGUGGAGAAUGAAGUAGUCUUCUUAAACCGUUCCCAGUGGAACUUUCUCACUUUUCUUAGAACAGAUUUCAAGACUAUGUCGUUCCUCUUGCUUAGCCCAGCAAUGAAUGGCUUUCUACCUUUCUUAGUUGUUGUAGAAUCUGAAUGGACUGAAGAGGGAUCUUUAUUGUUAUGGGUCUGGUCUUCAAGUGAGCUACUUUUACUGUAUGAACAUAAGUUGGUGAGAUUGAUGUUAUGAGACGAAUCGAGACUCUGAAAAGAUUCAACUGCAGUAUUCUGAAAUCCCUCACUCUGAUAUACAUCGAUCGGAGUCCGCAAGUCUUUAUAAAGAUCUAUUCAUGAGAAUUCAGAAUUUUCCUUAUGUGACG